GUCUAUUGGCUGCUGUACUUCCUUGUUUACCGUGUUGUUCAUGUUCAAUAAGCGCUACGGGAAAAAGCAUCAUUGCUGUUAAUGGAGCGUUUAUUGUGCGAUAAACACAAGUGACAGCAGCGAUAUAAUACACACAACUGUCAAUCAAGCCAACAUAUCUAAGGUUGUCGUGUAGUGCGCUCGCUGUCCGCUCGUCUUUAUUGGAUUAAAGAGCGAUGAUGGCGUCCAGCUAUAACGCGAAGGAUGAGGAUGGUCACCAUCCGGGAUCGGUGGGUUCUGGUGGCCCGGGCUCCGUCAAGAGCAAGAAGCCCGAUAAUACGGCCUUUAAACAGCAGCGUCUGCCCGCCUGGCAGCCCAUUCUGACCGCGGGCACCGUCCUGCCCGCCUUCUUCAUGAUCGGACUCAUCUUCAUCCCCAUCGGUAUCGGACUCUUCGUCACCUCUAAAAACAUCAAAGAGUUUGAGAUCGACUACACUGGUGUUGACAUGUCCAGUCCGUGUUACAACUGCGCGCAGAACUACAGCUGGAACAGCACCAGUGUGUGUACCUGUUCUGUGCCUUUCACCCUAGACCAGCCUUUCGAGAGUAAUGUUUUCAUGUACUAUGGACUCUCCAACUUCUAUCAAAACCAUAGACGUUAUGUCAAGUCAAGAGACGACAGUCAGCUGAACGGAGAUAAAAGCUCUUUACUGAGCCCAAGUAAAGAGUGUGAACCGUAUCGAACAAGCGAGAAGAAGCCCAUUGCUCCCUGCGGUGCCAUUGCUAACAGUCUCUUCAAUGAUACUUUGGAGCUGUUUUACAUCCAUCCAAACGGAAGCAGAAUAGCUAUUAAUCUGGUAAAGACGGGCAUUGCUUGGUGGACUGACAAGCAUGUGAAGUUCAGAAACCCAGGAGGAAGCAACAACAACCUCUCCGUUGUGUUCCAAGAUACAAGCAAACCCGUAAACUGGCGCAAAGCCGUUUAUGAGCUGGACCCGACUGAUUCUGAGAACAACGGUUUCAUCAAUGAGGAUUUCAUUGUGUGGAUGAGAACCGCUGCUCUCCCCACCUUUAGAAAACUGUACCGCAUCAUUCAGAAGAAGAAGGACAACCUGACCCCAACAUUACCGCCUGGAAACUACAGUCUGGAAGUCAUCUACAAUUACCCAGUGCGCAGCUUUGACGGCCGCAAGCGUAUGAUCCUCAGCACCAUCUCCUGGAUGGGAGGGAAGAACCCUUUCCUGGGCAUUGCCUACAUCACAGUGGGAUCCGUGUGUUUCUUCUUGGGAGUCGUCCUACUGAUCAUCCACCAUAAAUACGGAAACCGCAACAACAAUGCUGACAUUCCUAAUUAAAUGUGAGUCAGCAGACGGCGGUCUGUACACUGAAACAAGAUGGCGUGAGUUAUCUGUCAUAUCUCAUGCAUGAAGAUGCACCUGUACACACUGGUGGCCAGAAGGACUGCUUGCAAAAUUAUUGUGUAUGCACUGGCAGUUUUUAAUGAUCUGUUUUAAGCAUUUCUUUCAUCCACACCAAAGCUUUAUAUUGGAAUAUGAACAGUAUCUUGAUUGUUUUUGACACAGUUGAUCUUUCUACAUUAAGUAUUUUGUGGCGAGGACAGUAUGACGGCACUAUGGAGUAACUGAAUGAUGUGUAGUCAUACAGUAGGACUGUAUUUGAGUGAAUCCCACACAAAAAUGUCCAGGUCAUAUUUUGCCUAAAAAUCAAGCGAAAAGGGAAAAAAACAAAACAAAACAAAGAAGCACUUUGUAUUAGUGUUGUUGGUACUGAAAUUUAAAAUCUGUGACGAUAUCAACAUUUCCCUCUAGCAUUUUGAGCGCUGUUGAAUGGAUUCUUAAAUACCUCUGAUUGGCCAUUGUGUUCACGUGCUCAACAUAUGUCUCUUAUUGGCCAUUGUGUUCACGCGCUCAACAGAUAUGUCUCUGAUUGGCCAUUGUGUUCACUCACUCAACAUAUGUUUCUGAUUGGCCAUUGUGAUCACGUGCUCAACAUAUAUGUCUCUGAUUGGCCAUUGUGUUCACACGCUCAACAUAUAUGUCUCUGAUUGGCCAUUGUGUUCGCGCGCUCAACAUAUAUGUCUGUGAUUGGCCAUUGUGUUAACACGCUCAACAUAUGUCUCUGAUUGGCAACUGUGAUCACGCGCUCAACAUAUGUUUCUGAUUAGCCAUUGUGAUCACGUGCUCAACAUAUAUGUCUCUGAUUGGCCAUUGUGUUCACGCACUCAACAUAUAUGUCUCUGAUUGGCCAUUGUGUUCACGCGCUCAACAUAUAUGUCUCUGAUUGGCCAUUGUGUUCACGCGCUCAACAUAUAUGUCUCUGAUUGGCCAUUGUGUUCACGCGCUCAACAUAUAUGUCUCUGAUUGGCCAUUGUGUUCACGCGCUCAACAUAUAUGUUUCUGAUUGGCCAUUGUGAUCACGUGCUCAACAUAUAUUUCUCUGAUUGGCCAUUGUGUUCAUGCGCUCAACAUAUAUGUUUCUGAUUAGCCAUUGUGAUCACAUGCUCAACAUAUAUGUCUGUGAUUGGCUACAAUGAUCAACACACGGGAGGGUCUGAAAGCAGGCGUCUAUCAGCGAAUCCGUCUAUCAGCGGAUAUAUUAGGGAUCCGCUGAUAGACACCUGCUUUCAAACGCUCCCGUGUGUAUCUGUGUAAGCGCUCGGUGAAGAGCGUCAAAGAUGUCUAUUUACAACAUGUUUUUGAAGCGUUGAUCAGUGGAGCCAGUCACAGACAUAUCUGUUGAGCGCGUGAACACAGUGGCCAAUCAGAGGUGUUUAAGAAUCCGCUCAACAGCGCUCAAAAUGCUAGAGGGAAAUGCUGGUAUCGUCAUAUUUUUAAAAUUUCAGCACCGACUUGGUACUGAAGUCUGUACUUUUGACAACACUACUUUAUAUUGAUAGUUUUCAUGAGCACAUUUUCCCCUAAAAAUUCACCUUGACAUUGUACUUCUUAGUUUGUUUGUAAUUCUUAUGUCAUUAUUUUAAUUAUAUUGUCUUUUACGAUUAAUAUCAUUAAACUACAGGUAAAUACUACAUAUUCUACCAUAGUGUAUUAAUUAUUAUUUAUUUAUUUUUGCAUUAUAAUAAGAAUUUGGGGAAUUGUGCUUAUUUGUCAUGAACAUACUGCAUUGUUACAGAGCAACAAAAAAAAAUCUGUGGGCCUAAAAACAUUAAUUUUUUUUCUUUUGAUUUUGAGGUGAAAUAUGACUGAUCUUGACUGGCUUUGUGAGAUUCACCCAUUUGGGUAUUAAUGCUGAUGGUAUGGUACAAUCACAUCAGUCAUGGAUUUUAAUCAGUGAUUUUUAUAAGAAUGCAAUAUUCCUGAUAAGACAGUUUGUCAUGCAAAUCAGCAAGGACUGUUGUACUGUAUUAUUUGAAAUGCUAAACUGUGAGCGUCUAGAUAUGCUUAAAGCUAAUGUGUACAUUUUGUUUUAGUUUCCUCUUUGAAAAGCUUGUUCUGUGCAAUGUGUAUUUAAAAAGGAUAUGUGUGUGUUUAGCAACUGUUACGAAAUCCUUUAUCCUACUCAGUUCUGUGUGUCUGUUGUUGGGCCAAAGCCAUGUCAUUUACUUAAAAGAGUUGUGUGAUAAUAAACGACAAAAGCAUGAGAGAUGUGCUGUGGUGCUUUAGGACUUAACGCCUGCCUUGGUCCUGUAAGCGAAGUGUACAAAUGUGCAGUGCUGGGUAGUAACUGAUUACAUGUCAUUUGGAUUAUGUAACCAGAUUCCAAAAAUUAAGUACUUGCAAUUAGAUUAAGAGUAUUUUAAAACAUAAUAUAAUCAGACUACAGCUACUUUUUUAUUAAUUGCAUGAUUAUGUUAUUCACACAAUGGCAGUAAAUCAUUCAUAAUUUAUUGAUUCUCACAAAUUCUUUUUCAUGUUUUAAAUUUUCCUUUCUAAAAAAGCAUAUCGCUUGUAUACAUUCAGAAAGUCUUCUAGUUUUGUGAAAUUGUACAUACAGACCAGCCACUAGUCAGGUGGAUAUAAUUACAGGGAAAAUUGAGAGGCCACAAAGCAUCUGACCACAGGUUUUACAGAAAUAAUUUCACUUUUAAGGUUCUCGAGCCAUUUACUUGAAACGGACAGUCCGAACGAACCGAUUCGCUAGAAAGAACCGGACCUCCCUACUAUCCUGUCCAGAAGGUGGCAGUAACGCGCCUGUCUCUGCUUAUUCUGCGUCAGACUUGAGCAGAAGAAGGAAGUGACAUUUUCAAGUGUCCUUGUGCUGGUGCGGCUUCCUGAACGUUGCGAUCUGAAGGAGAAAUCAUCAUGUUUAGGCACUUAAGGACCCUCCAGCAGGUCUCCAGGCGGACCAUAUCCAGUAGCGCACCCAGACAGCUGGAGAAUAAAGUCCCGGGCAAGCAGAAGUUGUUUCAGGUUCUGGACUGAUAUUGUGGAUGAACAGAUAAGAAGACAAUGGCAUGCCGGUUCAUUUGAAGGGAGGCGUUAAAGAUGCUCUCUUGUAUAGGGCGACAAUGGCCCUCACUGUCUUUGGGUGCGGUUAUGUGGUGUAUGCACUGGUCAGCGCAGCACUGCCCAAGAAGAAGGAUUGAACAUGCCUCUCUAUUCAUGUGUCGGAGUUGUAAAGAUUAUUAAUCCUCAGAAUUAUAAGCCUUGUCAUUUAUUUUGAAUACAUUGGAUUAAUAUUUAUUGAUUGCACUAUAAAGCGCAAUCAUUAUGUAAUAAAACGUUCCACUGUA